GGAAGUGCUGUCUCAAACAGAAACAGGGCCGAGCCUGUGCCUUUAUUUUCCCGCACGGAGGACUCGGUGACCGCAUUUCACGCUGUUCCGAGGCGCAGAACUGCGGCCACACACGGACAGUUUUAGCAGUUUACAGCUGAAUUUCGUAAACAUGGCCUCAAAUCGCUGCUGCCGCUCGACGUUAUUAAACCGUCUCCUAAUCUGCGUCACCUUGUGGAGCCACCUGAGCGGCGGCGCGUCCGCCAGAUCCAACCGGAGACCGAACAUCGUCCUCAUUCUCACCGACGACCUGGACGUCGCUAUCGGGGGUCUGAAUCCACUGAGCAAGACGAAGAAGCUAAUUGGCGAUGCAGGAAUAUCAUUCACCAACGCAUUCGUUGCCAGCCCGCUGUGCUGCCCCAGUCGAGCCAGCAUCCUGACGGGAAAGUACCCCCACAACCACCACGUCAUCAACAACACCUUGGAGGGGAACUGCAGCAGCAGAGCCUGGCAGAAGAGCGAGGAGGCCCAAACUUUCCCCGCCCUGCUGAGGACCUACGCCGGCUACAACACCUUCUUCGCCGGGAAAUACCUGAACCAGUAUGGACACGCUGAGGCCGGUGGGGUGGAGCACGUUCCUCCAGGCUGGAACUACUGGUUCGGACUGGAGAAGAACUCUAAAUACUACAACUACACUCUGUCUGUGAAUGGAAAAGCCCAGAAACACGGAGCCGAGUACAGCAAAGACUAUCUGACAGACGUUCUGGCCAACAUGUCUCUGGACUUCCUCCAGUAUAAAUCCAGCUACCAGCCCUUCUUCAUGAUGGUUUCCACUCCGGCCCCCCACUCCCCCUGGACGGCAGCCCCUCAGUACCAGAGCCACUACAACACCACCAAGGCCCCCAGAGAUCCCAACUUCAACGUCCACGGGAAGGACAAACACUGGCUGAUCAGACAGGCUAAAACUCCGAUGACCAACUCGUCCGUUCAGUUUCUGGAUGAUGCCUUCAGGAAACGGUGGCGAACUCUGCUGUCGGUGGACGACCUGGUGGAGAAACUGGUGGAUAGGUUGAAGGCCAGAGGUGAACUGGACAACACCUACAUCUUCUUCACCUCUGACAACGGCUACCACACCGGUCAGUUCUCUCUGCCCCUGGAUAAAAGGCAGCUCUAUGAGUUCGACAUCAGGGUUCCUCUCAUGGUCCGAGGACCCAACAUCAAACCCAACCAGACCAGCCAGAUGCUGGUGGCGAACGUCGAUCUGGGUCCGACCAUCCUGGACAUCGCCGGCUACGACGUCAACAAGACGCAGAUGGACGGGAUGUCCUUCCUGCCCGUUAUGGAGGGGAAGAUGAAUGCCAGCAGCUGGAGAACAGACAUCCUGGUGGAGUACGAAGGUGAAGGAAGCAACGUCUCCGAUCCGGCCUGUCCUCUGCUGGGACCGGGAGUGUCGGAGUGUUUCCCAGACUGCGUGUGCGAGGACUCGUACAACAACACCUACGCCUGCGUGCGAACGGUGGCCUCUUCUGCCAACCUGCAGUACUGCGAGUUUGACGACAACGACGUGUUUGUAGAAGUCUACAAUGUGACAGCGGACCCCUACCAGCUGAGCAACAUCGCUAAAACCAUCGACCACGACAUCCUGGAGAAGAUGAACCACCGGCUGAUGAUGCUGCAGUCCUGCUCCGGGCAGUCGUGUCGGACCCCCGGCGUCUACGAUUCCAGGUACAGAUUCGACCCUCGACAGAUGUUCACCAGCCACAGCUGGCGGCUCAGCAAGCUCCGCCAGACGAUGAAAUAAGGAGGACGGGCGGAGGAGGAAGAAGGGCUGUGUCGUGUUUCUCUGCAUUCAGCCUUUCCCGCUGUUGUUGCCUUGAUUUUGGCCUCCGGAGCCAGAAGGUGGAUGGAGAAGGGAAUCGAUGGGAGGCGUAUUUUUAGGGAAAAUGUAGGUGGGUCGCCGUGGAAACCCGCCUUUUAAACUUCCUGUCCGGGCCGCCGUUAAGUCGGUUUGUCAGUAGGUGUGAGAGAAAGUGAGAUUAUUCAAGACUGGUUCACGCUAGCAAGCCAUGAUUUCAAACCCCGUCUUCGUUUCUGCGUUAUUUGGCGCCGAACCACCGCUCGGUCACUCAUAUCUGUUUAAAGCGUUCACAUCUGCUCGUCUAAUAUAUCUGGUUUGUUCUCACAGCAUUUGGGUGGUUCUCAGUAAUUUUAGGAAGUUUGGAAGUUGCUGCUGGAAGUGGCAGAAAGUGAGAAAUUGCAGCUGUAAAGAGACUUUUGCUGUUAUUUUAUAUCAUUUCUUCUAAAACCGAAAAAUGUGCUCAUUAUUUAAUUGCCCGUAACAAAUCUGUCUCUACAGUUAUAAGACAUUUAAAGGAAUUAUUUUGCUCGACAAACUUGUUAUUAACUGAUUAUUAAAGUAAAUCCUAACGUUUUUCCUUGUUUAUUACAAAUUAAGAGACAGUCUUUAAGGAUAAUUGUUUAUUUUUUGUUUGUUUUUUAAACCUGGAGUUUAAUUUUAUCGUCUUUUUCAGCUUAAAUGAUUAAAAGUGACAAAAAAUGUUUGGAAUUGGUGCAAAUACGAGCGAGAAUGCUGUAACAAGCUGACGGCAAAAUCCCUGAUUAUUAUUUUGACUCAAAAAAGAUGGAAACCUUAUAAAAAUGCUAGAAUUAUCCUUUAAACGCUGCUUUUCAACGUGCAGUAAAGCAGGCAGCAAGUUAAAACUGUCUUUAACAACCCAGUUAUCAGUUGUUUACCCAAAUUAGUCAAGUUUCCAGAGCAACAUGAUUCCUUUAAAUACC